UACAUAGCCAACACACUCUCCCCUACCUCACGCACGGACGCUUGAACCAACGCAGCAGUACAGACCGUUUUUCACAGACUGUUUUCCAGCAAAGUCCCCGCGGUCCCGGAGAAAGGAAGGAAGGAGUAAAUAAAAAUAAUGUUUAAAUCCUGACUAAAAAUCGAAUGGAUUGGCGAUCUAUUCUGAGAGCUAAUACGAUUAGAGGAGUCUAGUCUUGGUACUGUCAUUGCGGACAUGGCUCUUAGUCGCGGUAUGGCACCUUUCUCUCAGUUCCUCGGGGAGUGUUUCCCCUGUCAGUCCUUCGCCGCUACUGGAAAUGGCGUUGAGAUGCUGCUGAACAAGGAAGACGCAGUGAAGGCAGACUCUGCCAGGGAAUAAACUACUAUGAAUAUAUGAUUACCUAUGUUUUUAUUUGGGUUGGAUUCUUAGUAGCGGUGGACAAUACCAUGGUGAAUUACCAGAAAUAUAUUACUGUUAUGCAGCUGGCUCUGGGGGUGACCUCCUACAACAAAGAACAUCAUCUUCCUCCCAGGAAAUCGUUGUGGAUUCACCCCAGCCUCCUCCACCCCGGCAAUCUCCCACACGGCAGAGCCAGCCGGGGUCAAGGCCAAGGUCAGGGACACGGACACGGUCACGGGCUAGGACACGGGAGCGGCUCGAUCUCUGCAUCGUCGUCUGUGAGCAGCAUACAUCAGGCCAAGCCGUCGCUACGCAGGAUCAAAGGUCGUAUCCAUAGGAGCAAGAGCCUGGACAGCAUCGACCUUCUGGACUCCAAAAGUGCAGCUAUGGAGGAGACCGUCAUAUGGGAACAGCACACAGUAACUCUACACAGGGCACCAGGGUUUGGCUUUGGGAUAGCCAUCUCGGGAGGUCGGGAUAACCCUCAUUUUCAGAGUGGUGAGACCUCCAUCGUUAUCUCAGAUGUCCUGAAGGGAGGUCCAGCCGAGGGCCUACUGCAGGAGAAUGACAGAGUCACGAUGGUCAACGCCGUCUCCAUGGACAACGUGGAACAUGCAUACGCAGUCCAGCAACUACGGAAAAGUGGAAAGAAUGCUAAAAUUACGAUCAGACGGAAGAGGAAGGUGCAUGUACCCAUGAGCCGUCUGGGGGAGAGGGCGACCAUGUCGGAGCAUGAUGAUGAGGAGGAGGAUGAGGAAGAUAGCUACGACGAGGAGAUAUACGAGACGCGCUCCGCACGCAGCGGCCCUAGCGCCUACAGCGCUGUGGGUGGAGCCUCGGCCCGGCGCAGCGGGCGGAGCGCCGGAAGGCGGGACAAGGACAGAGAGCGGGAACGCAGUGGCUCACGGGAGAGGAGUCUCUCCCCGCGCGCCGACCGGCGCUCGCUCAACCAGCCCCCGCGGCCCGCCAAAGUCACCCUCGUAAAGUCCCGAAAGAAUGAAGGUGAGCAUCACAAAAAUAUGGGCCUUCGCCUGGCCAGCCACAUCUUCGUGAAGGACAUCUCACCCGAGAGCCUGGCGGCCAGGGACGGAAACAUACAGGAGGGAGACUUUGUACUGAAGAUCAACGGCACGGUGACAGAAAACCUGUCGUUGAUAGACGCUAAGAAGCUGAUUGAGAGGUCAAAGGGCAAGCUAAAGAUGGUGGUGCAGAGAGACGAGAGAGCUACGCUGCUGAACAUACCAGACCUGGACGACAGUGUCCCAUCAGCCAACGCCUCCGACAGAGACGACAUUUCAGAUAUCCAUUCGGUGGCGUCCGACCAUUCCAACCGAUCCCACGACAGACAUCGUAGCAGCCGGUCCCGCUCCCCUGACAGGCGAUCUGAUCCCUCCGACCACUCCAGACACUCCCCUCCACAGAUCAGCAACGGCAGUCACAGAAGUCGUGAGGAGGAGGAGAGGAUCUCGAAGCCGACAGCGGUGCCACCCAAGCUAGCGGAGCAGGCUCCUGCCCUGCCCAAACCCCUGGAGAAGUCUGUCACCAGGGAAGAGAAACCGGUCCCUCCUCUACCAGAACCCAAGCCAGUAUAUGCCCAGCCAGGCCAGCCUGACGUGGACCUGCCAGUCAGCCCCGCUGAUGCCCCUGUGCCCAGCGCUGCCCAUGAUGACAGCAUCCUACGGCCAAGUAUGAAGCUGGUGAAGUUUAAGAAGGGGGAGAGUGUGGGUCUGAGGCUGGCAGGGGGGAACGAUGUGGGCAUCUUUGUAGCAGGAGUCCUGGAGGAUAGCCCAGCGGCUAAGGAGGGUCUGGAGGAGGGGGAUCAAAUUCUCAGGGUUAAUAAUGUGGAUUUUGCUAAUAUCAUCCGAGAAGAGGCGGUUCUGUUCCUCCUUGACCUCCCUAAAGGUGAAGAGGUCACCAUCCUGGCCCAGAAGAAGAAGGAUGUGUACCGGCGAAUCGUGGAGUCUGAUGUGGGCGACUCGUUCUACAUCCGGACCCACUUUGAGUAUGAGAAGGAGUCUCCGUACGGCCUGAGCUUCAACAAGGGAGAGGUGUUCAGAGUGGUGGACACCCUGUACAACGGCAAGCUGGGCUCUUGGCUGGCCAUCCGAAUAGGGAAGAACCAUCAGGAGGUGGAGAGAGGCAUCAUACCUAACAAGAACAGAGCGGAGCAGCUGUCCAGCAUGCAGUACACCCUCCCUAAGACUGCAGGGGGCGACAGGGCAGACUUCUGGAGGUUCAGGGGCCUGAGGAGCUCCAAGAGAAACCUGAGGAAAAGCAGAGAGGACCUGUCGGCCCAGCCCGUACAGACCAAGUUCCCCGCUUACGAGAGGGUGGUGCUGAGAGAGGCUGGAUUCCUCAGACCUGUGGUGGUAUUUGGACCCAUCGCAGACGUGGCACGAGAGAAAAUCUCCCGGGAGGAGCCUGAUCUGUUUGAACUUGCAAAGAGUGAACCUAGAGACGCAGGGACAGACCAGCGUAGUUCAGGAAUCAUCCGUCUCCACACCAUCAAGCAGAUCAUCGACAGAGAUAAACAUGCAGUCCUGGACAUCACCCCCAACGCGGUGGAUCGUCUGAACUACGCCCAGUGGUAUCCCAUCGUGGUGUUCCUCAACCCGGACAGCAAGCAGGGAGUCAAGAACAUGAGAACCAGGCUCUGUUCCGAGUCCAGGAAGUCAGCCCGGAAACUCUACGAGAGAGCCUUGAAACUAAGGAAGAACAACCACCACCUCUUCACCACCACCAUCAACAUGAACAACAUGAACGAUGGCUGGUACGGCGCUCUGAAGGAGACCGUUCAGCAGCAACAGAACCAGUUGGUCUGGGUGUCAGAGGGCAAGGCGGACGGCGCUCCGGACGAUGACCUCGACAUCCAUGAUGACCGUCUGUCAUAUCUGUCAGCCCCGGGCAGUGAGUACUCCAUGUACAGCACGGACAGCCGCCACACCUCUGACUAUGAGGACACGGACACAGAGGGCGGGGCCUACACUGACCAGGAACUAGACGAGACGCUCAAUGACGAGGUUGGCCUGCCCACGGAGCCAGCCAUCACCCGCUCCUCAGAGCCGGUCAGAGAGGACCCGCCCGUCAUCCAGGACCCCUCGUCUGGUGGUUACUCUGGAUACCAGCACGCUUCUGUGACACCGUCCGACCCGGCCAACUGCAUCGACCCGUCCGGUUUCAAGAUGUCCGCCGCUCCUCAGCAGCAAGACGAUGCUGCUCUGGCUAUUCCUUCCUCUCUGCUGCCUGCGGCGGUGGCGCCCCCUGCUGUUGAGACUGAGUCACAGCAGCCUGUGUUGCAGCUAGAGGGUAUGACCCCUGACCUGGAGGAGGAGACUCCGGUUGCAGCUCCUCAGUCUGCAGACACACUCCUUAGCAGCCCCAGUCCCGCCCCUACUGAGCUAGCCCCGCCCCCAACACCACCAUCACUCGAACCCCAACACCUGUCUCAAUCGCCGCUCGGCCCUGGUCCUGAACCCAAGAUGUACAAGAAGGAUCUGUACAGUCUGGAGGAACCAGUGAGAGUGAACCACGGAGGCAUGAAGUCGUCUCUGAGCUACACCCACCAGCCCUACCAGGACAAACAGCCAUACCGCCAGUACGACCACCCGCCUUACGCCUUCUGUAGCGACAGGGGGGGCUACGCCGAACCAAAGCCUCACCAGGGGAACUUUGACUCUCACCUGCACUACGACAACCGUGUGCCUCAAAACUACGAUGAUGGCCGGUGGCCCCCCUACGACCAGCAGACCUCUUCUCCCCAGCCCCCGGGGUAUCAGCCUGGCCCGGUCCACCAGCAGGGCUACACUCCCAGGGGGACCACCCCCUAUGAGGACGGUCCCGUCAGGGACUACAGCCCCCCCCAGCCCCACUACGAUGAGGCCCCGGCGGGGAUGCAGGGCUAUGACGGCAAGCCUCGUCACGGUAAACCUCCGGGGCCAAUGCGGUAUGAUGAACCGUCUCUCCCGCCCUCGGCUGGCCCUUACGACGCCUGCUCUCCCUACGAGGCCGAGCCCCCUCACGGCUACUGCCUCAGCUCUCCCCGCUCCCCGGAACCCCCCAAGCAGUAUUACGGAGACUCUGCUCCUGGCCGGAGACCCUCCUAUAACCCGGUGCCUCCCAGUCGAGGCGGUGGCCACAACCGUGAACCUCUAAUGACCUCUGACCCACCCCUUCCCCCUCACAAACCUGAGCCCUUGGCCUCUCCGGGAGAGAUGGGGGUAAACGCUGGGUCCAAGCCCCUCCCUCCACCGCCCCGGGGGGAGGAGGAAAAGGACGACCCAGCCAUGAAGCCCCAGUCGGUGCUCAACAGGGUCAAGAUGUUUGAGAAUAAGAGGUCAGUGUCUGUGGACCGGGCCAAGGAGGCUGGCGACUCCACCGUGAUGAGGCCUGCGGACCUGCCCAGACCUAUGACUGCACCUGAUCCUGUCCCCAAAGCCAACUCCCUCAGCAACCUGGAGCAGGAGAAACCUACUUACAGAGCCCCCGAGCCCCAGAAUGCCCCUGGGUCUAAGCCCCUGGAUGACGUGGCCCACUCCUCCAACCAUUACGAUGCUGACGAGGAUGAGGAGUACUACAGGAAGCAGCUGUCCUACUUUGACCGCCGCAGCUUCGACAGCAAGACCAUGAACCCCACCCCCGGGAUCAACCGGUUCCCACCACAAACCCAGCUAGCUUACCCUUACAACAGGGCGGAGUCUGUGGAGAAGGUGAGUCCGGUAGAGAAGAGGUACGAGCCCCUCCCCCAGAUCAGUCCUGUCUCCCAGUACGGACCCCCCAGCCCUGCCGUACCACCCAACAGCCUGCCCAAACUCACCACCAAUGAUGUGAACUCACAGCCCGACAAUCUCCUCAGCGCCUCUCCCAAACACGAUCUCUCCGGCCUUCGCCCCUCUACCCUCCAGGAUCUCCCCUCCCAGCCCUACCUGGCCCAGAGGUCCCCAGUGGGGGUUAACGGCACCGACGCACCCCCCAAAACCCCUGGAACCACCCCCACCCCACAAAGCUACAACCGAUAUGUCCCUAAGCCUUACACCUCCUCGGCCCGGCCCUUCGAGAGGAAGUUUGAGAGCCCCAAGUUCAACCACAACCUCCUCCCCAACGACCUCCUGAUCAGUAGCAGCAACCCCAAACCCAGUGUGGUCAACAACAACAGCAGGACCAAGCCGCCGCUGUCUCCUCAGGCCCUGGACCACGACAGUGGACUGGACACGUUCACACGCACCAUGGACAACAGGGGGCCCAAGUACCAGCAGCACAACAACUUAGUCAACAAUGCUGUUCCCAAGGCCAUACCUGUCAGUGUUCUGGAGGAUGACGAGGAGGAUGAAGGUCACACAGUGGUGGCCACGGCCCGGGGGAUCUUCAACUGUAACGGCGGGGUGCUGAGCUCCAUCGAGACGGGAGUCAGCAUCAUCAUCCCCCAGGGAGCCAUCCCCGACAGCAUAGAACAGGAGAUCUAUUUCAAGGUCUGUCGGGACAACAGCAUCCUGCCCCCCCUGGAUAAGGAGAAAGGAGAGACCCUGCUCAGCCCUCUGGUGAUGUGUGGGCCUCACGGUCUUCAGUUCCUGAAGCCGGUGGAACUGCGUCUACCUCACUGUGCGUCUAUGACCCCAGAUGGUGACUCCAAGACAUGGCAGAACAAGUCUCUCCCAGGAGACCCCAACUACCUGGUGGGAGCCAACUGUGUGUCUGUGCUCAUUGACCACUUCUGAACAUAAGAGGGAGACAGCUGGCCUGUUACUGAAUGUGUUAGAUCAGGGGGCAGCCACAGACUGAAACAUUGCCCUCCUCUCCUGCUGCUGUCCUCCUCCCAGGCAGCAGGGGACAGCACUGCUUGACUUGAAGCACGAACUUGAUUCUUGAAUAUUGAACAUUGAUGCAUCGUUUACUGCGCCCCCCCCCCCCCCCCCCCCCCCCCCCCCCACAAAAAAAACUCAGCAAGGUAGGAGGCCCAUUGAAGUCGGAGGAGUCUCAACGCAGCAUCCUAUCCCGGUGCUGUGCCCCCCCCCCUUUUUUUUGGUGCUUUAACUAAAGGCUUGCAAAAAAUAAAAACUUUUAAAAACUAAAAUAUAAUAUAUUUAAAAAAUUGAGCUGUUGUUGGAAUGCAUGAACAGACUGACUGAAGAAUAAUCUCAUUUUGAAAUUCUUUGCCUUUGUUUUUUUUCUCUUUUAAACCAAGUCUGAGCAAAUUGCAAGAAAAAUAACAUUUUUGAAAAAAAUUCUAGAUAAGGAGAAUUCUUGAAAAAAAUAAUAAUAAUUUGAAUAAUUGCACCGAAAAUGUUCCAAUUUAAUGUAUGCACUCACAAACAGAAAAGUCAAUAUAUGCAAAAAAACACUUCUUUGUUUGUGAGGUUGUCUGUGGUCAUGCGUUUCUCUCUUGAAGGAUAGCUAAGGACUUGCAGAUGAGCUCAUCUCAACAAGGGUUAUGAAGGGAAGAUUGGAGAUGAAGUACUGUAGGCAUCGUUUAUGAAGGUAUAGUAUUGGCAUUGGAUGCACCCCUGUUUGGUUGGUCAAAUGGACUUUCUCUCUCCAUGUUUAGAAGAAGUGAAUCUUUUGUAGUUAUGUUUUACCGUAGAUAAAUGUAACUGACUUGAUUUGACAAACUCCUGCAGCGGUCUACAUCUCUAUGCAUGUGCUAUGACUCAGGUCCAGAAGCCUGCUUACUACUAAGUUCAAACACAGUCCCAUCUUACACUGCAAGCAGUGCUGCCUUAUCUGCAUUAGUAACUUUUUUUUUUUUCAGUAUAAAGAAUUACUUAAAAACUGAUUUUUAAGUUGUAGUGAUUGAUCAAUUAUGGAAGUAAAAAUGAAAAUAAAAAAAAGCAUUUCUCUGCAUUUUCAACCCAUUAUAUCAGUGAACUUGGAUUUAGCAUACAAUAAUAUUUGAGGCUGAUGAAGCAGUAAUGCUUUCUUUUCCUGCUAUGCAUAUUGAAGUUUGAGAAAAUUACUACAAACAAAAACAUGUUUAAAUUGUGGCUGUACAUAAUGCUAGCAAAUGGCCUUGGUUCGCUGUAAAUUAACUUUUCUACAUUUGUUAUUUUGUUUUAUAAUGUUUCUUAAAAAAAAAAAAAAGAGAGAAAGUGAUGAUUUAAUUGGUUGUGUAUUCUGGUUAUACAUGCCUACCGUGAGCCUUGGAACUGACCUACAGUAAGCAGGAAUAAAAUCCAACUUUUCUACCAUCAUACAUACCCCCACACAACACUACUACUUAAAAGGAAUUUCUAACAAUCAGAAAAAAAAAGAAAAAAAAUCUUAUUUACAAAAAAAAAAAAAAUGAAAAAAAGUGCUUGGUUUAAAUCAUUUUAAAAGAUCUGUACUUGAGGGGACCUGCUUUAAGGAGUGGUCCGUUCCUCUAUUUGUGAUGCUGGAACCUACAUUCUAUUGAAAUGUAUU